UUGAAGUGUUUCCAAUGAAUGUGCAUUGUUGGGCUUUCUAAUGCGGAUUGGUAAGGUUAAUGUGAAAUUAGAAAAGGCACCGGCACUUAUUUUGCACAUCAUUCUUAUAUAAAUAAUCCUACAAUAAUGAAUAACGAAUGCAGUGUACAAUUAUAAAAUAGUAAAAAGUGACAGUGUGAAAGGGACAACAUGCCGGAUACCUUGUCUCUGUCCGCCGGAGUGAGCUUGGGACUUAUAGCUGGGAUAGUGUCUGGAGUAUGCUACCUCGUCGCUAAUGGACUCACUUGGCCUAAACCUGACAACCGCCGGCGAUGUAUAACUGAUUCGUCCGAUGACAGCCUCUGCUUCAGAUGCGGCGGAGACACGCGCGGCGGUCUGGUACCUUGCAUCUGCAUACGGGAGAGGCCUCUCAAGUUUGAAUCCGGAGCGUGGCUGCUGCACCAAGUGCAACGUGCUGUGAGCCUGAUGCCCUGGAGUCUUAGCACCGACAAGCUGGAGCAAAUUGACGAGGAGUACGAGGGCCGAGACAGCCCGGGCCCCAGCGACCCUCACGGGGACUUGCGCAACGUUCGCGACUUCUUGGAGACACUAUCAGCGAAGUUGGCUGGGGGGCCGCUGGAGGGCACCAGGGUAGCGCCGCUUUAUGACCAUCCUGCUUAUGAGCGCAUGUUCGCCCGCCACCACGCGGGCCUGCGCGGGUCGCUGGCAGCCCUAUCCACCGCGCUACGAGACGCGCUCACACGUAAGACUCACUGCUAA